CUCCAUAUUUAUUUUAAAAUUCCGCCAAACAAAUGUCGAAAGGAGCUUUCCAGCGAUAUAGUGAUUUACUCAAAUCAUUUGAUUUGAACAAGUACAAAUAUAAUGAAGAGAAUAAGAAGAACUCAAAGAGCUCUUCUGACAGCUCUUCUAAGAACCCUUCAGAAAAAUCUGAGAAGAUUUCUCCUGAGCUCAAAGCUAAAAGAGAUUCAGACUCUUUUAUUUUCCAAGAAUCUCUACCUUCUAGCCAAAAAGUCCCAACGCCUCAAGCUAUCCUUCAGCCGGCGCGUAAGCGUCGGCUGAAUAAUAAAUUUCAGGAAAUUUGGAGAAAAGAAAAUGAUUCAAAAUAGUUCAAAUCUCUCAGAGAAUAAUAAGUUAGAAUCUUAUUAUACCACAAGUUUUAGAGCAGAGAACUCCUUCACAAACUUGACUAAAUAAAAUCAACCUGAUCGAUGCUGAAAUAUCUCGGCUUCAGCUUGAAAAGCUGAAGCUCAAAGAAGAAAUUAUUAAGAAAUAAAAGUGAAAAUUACUGUGAAAAAUGAGAAUUGAGAAGAGAAAAUGGGUUUGAUGUGGUCAUGGAUGGAGAAGAUUGAGGACAUUUAGAUAGAAGUUUUGGAUCAGAAAUUGGAGAAGGAGGAGACUGGGGGUAUAGAUAUGAAAGAGAGGUUGUAGAGGAUGAAAAUCUGUAUCAAAUGAGUAUAUCUGAUGUGAUAUAUGAGGAAGAAAAGGAUGAAUUAAAAUAGUUUCAAUAUAAGCAGG